GUAGUUUGGCAGAGCUUCAAUCAGUACUCAAGUCGUCGUUCUCCAGUUCAGAGUUCCACAGCAGUUACAAAAACCAAACUAAAAUGGCCAAGAUCGCAAUUGCCUUCUUUCUGUUCGCCCUGUUCGCCGUGGCCAUGGCCGCUCGCGUCGUCCGUGAAGAGCCCAGUGCCGCCGCUGAUCCGCUGGAGAACGCCAGGGCUGUGCUGAACAAAGCUAUUGACGAUUUGAAAGGCCUGACCCCCGAAAAGAUUCAGGGUUUCAUUUCGGAAGGUAUUGAGAACGCUAAGGACAGUUUAGACAAAAUUAACGACGCGGUCCAGCAGAAACAAAGCAAAUCCACCUAAGACGUUGUUGGAUAGCCAUAUAUCAGUACACCGAAGACGACUCUAAUAAAUGUUUUAACUUUAACUUUAGUUGUUACAUUCUUAAUGAAGACUAAAAAUGAAAUUAAAACGUUAAUUGCCUUUAACACAUAAACA